AUGGAGACGGAAUCCUCCUCGAGAAAGCUGAUGGAGGCCGACUCGGCAAAAUCCCCCGGCUGCGGCCGCAGAGGCAGACGCAUCUGCCUCUGCGCAUCCGCGGCCGUCCUGGGCCUGGGCCUCCUCCUCCUCAUCCUCGGCCUCACCGUCUUCAAGGCCCGGCGCCCCACCACGCGCGUGGACUCCGUGGCCCUGGACGACCUCGACUUCUCGCUCGACCUCGCCCGCCUCCGCGUGGCCGUGAACGUGACCCUGGCCCUCGGCCUCACCGUCCACAACCCCAACCGCGUCGGCUUCAAGUACCGCAACGGCACAGCCCUCCUCCGCCACCGCGGCAACGACAUCGGCGAGGUUCCCGUCCCGGCCGGGAGGAUUGGCGCCCGCGACACGCGCUCGCUCAACCUCACGCUCGCCCUCAUGGCCGACCGCAUCGUCUCCGACUCGGCCAUGUUCAACGACUUCGUUUCCGGUACUCUGCCGAUCCAGGCGUACGUAAAGCUCUCCGGGAAGGUGAGGAUUGUUUUCAGCAUCCACGUGGCGACGUAUACGACCUGUGAUGUGGACGUGAUGCUGAGGAAUCAGACGCUUUCGAAUCUCAAGUGUCAUUACAGGACCAAGCUCUGA